UCAAAGAUCUCAUCUGUAGUGGACAGAAAUGAGUGAGAGGGCUGUAAGGUGGUCUCCUAAACCACAGGAUUGGGAAAAGAAGAACCAUCCUACAAACCAGAAGUCAUCACAUGGGCUACAGACAUUUACAUUUUCAUCGUCUUAUUUGAUUGAUUCCAUUCUGGGCAAAGAUGCAACCAAAGACACUGGGAUCGACAGAGUGGAUACAAUGGGUCCUACAUCUCUCAAAGGGACUGAGAGUCAAUCCAACAAGUCCAAGCAGAUAUCAGUAACACAUCGUAUUGCUCCUGAGGAGAACAAAAAAGCUACUUCACAGCUACAAGAAGAUACCAGGAUGGAGCUCCCAGUAAAUACUAGUAGAGAGACAGAGUUGGGCUCCAGCAGAGACCCAACAGAGCAGCUGACAGCAGAAAGCCUAGAUGGACACAACAUCAACUCAAAGAAGCAACGACUUUAUCGAACCACCUUUACUCAUUUCCAGCUGGACCAACUGGAGAGGGCUUUCCACAAAUCUCAUUAUCCAGACAUUUUUGCCAGAGAAGAACUGGCGACAAGUCUAACUUUGACGGAGGCAAGAGUCCAGGUGUGGUUCCAAAACCGCAGAGCCAAGUGGCGUAAGCUUGAGAAGGCUGGUGUUUUGAGCUCGGUCCCUGGGCUACCUCUAACCAACCCCCUGAGCCUGUACUUGGAUGUCCCCCUGCACCAGGCCUCUGUGGUGGAGCCAUCCUGGGGGGGAACCCCACAUACAGUCUCUCUAUAUGGGCCUGACUCUGUGGGAACCCUAGAUAUUGGCACUCUGGCCUGUGUCUCACUGUGUGGACAUCCUCUUAUCCAUCCAAACUUCAGCAGGUUUUUAACUGUGAUGAAUCCUUCGGGUAACACUCCAACCCUGAUGACCAAAGCUACCAGACCAUCCCAGACCAGACCAGCUGCCAUACUGGGUAAUGACAGGAGGCUACUGCCCACACCGAGCAGUACUCUGUCCACAGACAGUAGUCCAACAGAUUAAGGGACAUUAUCCAGUCCAUGCUUGGUUUAUAUUGGUGCAGUUAGCUGAAUGUCAGCAUCAUCAGAUUCAGUUCAAAUGUUUGUAGUUUGUCCUGUAUGAUUUAUUGAUUUAGUAUUUGUAGUGUGUCCUGUAUGAUUUAGUAUUUGUAGUGUGUCCUGUAUGAUUUAGUAUUUGUAGUGUGUCCUGUAUGAUUUAUUGAUUUAGUAUUUGUAGUGUGUCCUGUAUGAUUUAGUAUUUGUAGUGUGUCCUGUAUGGUUUAUUGAUUUAGUAUUUGUAGUGUGUCCUGUAUGAUUUAUUGAUUUAGUAUUUGUAGUAUGUCCUGUAUGAUUUAUUGAUUUAGUAUUUGUAGUGUGUCCUGUAUGAUUUAUUGAUUUUGUAUUUGUAGUAUGUCCUGUAUGAUUUAUUGAUUUAGUAUUUGUAGUGUGUCCUUUAUGAUUUAUUGAUUUAGUAUUUGUAG